UUUAACUAGCAUCUUUCUUUGGUUCUCUUUUACUUCAAAGCUAACAUCUUUUUCUUGUUUUUUCUUAGAGAAGUUCAAGAAUGGUCUGAAAGGUUGGUUUUUUGCAUGGCGAGUCAAGGAAUUGGAGAGACUGGUUUGACAGAUUCUGGAACAUCACACCACAAUCACAAUAUGCCAUAUGCUGUUUUUAGGGGGAUAAAUCCUGCUAGCACAAGCUUCAUGUAUCAUUCUAUUCCCAAUGGUAAUCAAGAAGGAGCUGGUUUUGAUUUUGGAGAGCUAGAAGAAGCUUUUGUACUGCAAGGAUUUAAGAUGAGUAAUGAUGAAGCUAAAGCAUCUUUAUAUGCAGCAGCAGCCACAGGGAAGCCUGCUGCAACUUUGGAGAUGUUCCCUUCUUGGCCUAUGAGAUACCAACAGACCCCAAGAGAAAACUCAAAAUCAAGAGAAGAGAGUACUGAUUCAGGUUCACUUUCAAGCAGAGCUCAACCCCAUUUUGAGCCAGAAUCUCCCAUCAGUAGAAAAACAUCUUCAGACCAUCAACUUCAGAUAACACACAAAUCUCAAGAACAACAACAGCAACAGCUUCAAGAUAUGGCAAGUAAUAAUAAUCCAAGAACAGGAGUUUUACAAACUGAACUAUCUUCCAAGUCCAACAGUGAAAAGAAAAAGGGUGCUGCUUCAACCUCAGAGAGGGUACUUGAUCCUAAGACAUUGAGACGUUUAGCUCAAAAUAGAGAAGCAGCAAAGAAGAGCAGGAUAAGAAAAAAGGCUUAUGUACAACAGCUAGAAACAAGUAGGAUAAGACUUUCUCAGCUAGAACAAGAACUUCAAAGGGCUAGCUCUCAGGGGAUUUUCUUGGGAGGUGGUACUGCUGCUGGUUCCAAUAUCAGCUCUGGUGCUGCAAUAUUUGAUAUGGAAUAUUCAAGAUGGUUGGAUGAUGAUCACAGGCACAUAGCCGAGCUUCGAACUGCAUUACAAGCACAUUUAUCAGAUGGUGAUCUUAGAUUAAUAGUUGAUGGAUACAUUGCUCAUUACGACGAAAUUUUCAACUUGAAGGGAGUGGCAGCAAAAUCUGAUGUAUUUCACCUAAUCACUGGAAUGUGGACAACUCCAGCUGAACGCUGCUUCCUUUGGAUGGGUGGUUUUAGGCCCUCAGAGCUUAUCAAGAUGUUGAUAGGACAAUUAGACCCUUUAACAGAGCAGCAAGUAGUUGGAAUAUACAGCCUCCAACAAUCUUCCCAACAGGCAGAGGAAGCUCUUUCACAGGGAUUAGAACAACUACAACAAUCUUUAAUUGAUACUGUUGCCACUGCUUCUCUCCAUGAUGGAAUGCAUCAUAUGGCUCUUGCAUUGGGGAAACUCUCCAAUCUUGAAGGAUUUGUUCGUCAGGCUGAUAAUUUGAGACAACAAACAUUGCAUCAAUUACACAGAAUAUUAACAGUAAGACAAGCAGCCAGAUGUUUCUUGGUGAUUGGAGAAUAUUAUGGUCGACUACGAGCUCUAAGUUCUCUAUGGUUAUCUCGUCCACGAGAGACACUGAUCGUGGAUGAUAAUUCUUGUCAAACAAUAACGGGACUACAAAUGGUACAAUCUUCUCAGAACCACUUCUCAAAUUUCUGAUGAUAUAUCUCUUCAUGAUGAUCAAAUUGUAUUUCUGAGAGCUACCUACUUAGUUAAGUAGAUUAUUUUUUUUUUUCAUUUUUGUUGUUAGCUUCUUGAUAUUAUGACUAAGUUAUCAUGUAAAUGUAAGGAAUCAAGAUUAUGUGCAAGAGGAAGUUACCUUUAGGGUCUGUUG